AUGCUGCCCAGUAACCCGUUCGGCCGUCUGGCGUACGUCGUCGUCGGGCUCGUCGUCACCUUCACGCUCGUGCUCGUCGCCCGCGGCACGACGGGCGUGCCAACCUUUUCCAUCCCGCAGUCGCUGUGGCAUCCCACCUUCAGCGAGAACGUGACCGAGGAGGCCGUCCCCGAGGAGCAGAAGCCCUUGACGGACGUCUCGUACGACCUCAACUCGCCGCCCAGCACCGGCUGCGAGGAUGUCGUCAACGACCUCCAGCAGCGCCUCAUCCAGGCCUACACGCAGCGCCUCAAGGGCAUCCGCUACGCCAACAUCUGGGGCUACCUGGAGACGGAGAACAAGGGCGACGCCGCCAUCUGGUCCGCGCAGCAGAUGAUGCUCGCUACCUUGGGAAUCGAAACUAUGGAAGCCUGCCGCUUCAUGCACAAGGGCUGCAACAUGACCGAGUUCACGGCCAGACUCGACGAGCACCGCCCCCAUUCCGGCAUCAUCAUGGCCGGCGGCGGCAACUUCAACGACUACUACUGGGAGGACCAACCGUCGCGCAUGGAGAUGAUCUCCACCUACACGAACGUGCCGAUACGAGCCUUCCCCCAGAGCAUCCACAUGACCAAGAAGGACCGGAUCGAGCAGACCCGCGAGGCCUUCGGCAAGCAUCACGACCUGCAGCUCGCCGCGCGCGACAAGCCCAGCCACGACUGGCUGGUGGAAAACUUCGGCAAGGUCGACGGCAUCGAGACCGACCUCGUUCCCGACAUUGCCUUCAUGUGGGGCAACCGAUCUGAUUUUAGAGUCAACACGCAGAAGAAGUGGGACGUCCUCAUCCUCGCUCGCAAGGACGCGGAAAUCGCAGAAGGCGACUCGUCCAGCAUCCCCUGGGGCAAAGGCUUCCUGGAUCUCGGCUCCGUCGGCAACGUCACGUACAACAAGGUCGACUGGAAGUUUACCGACACGCCGCACAUCAACGGGCCCAGCGAGGACGACAAGAAGGACAGCAAGGACAAGCCCGAGGAGCCGCCCCGCGAGAACGGCACCAACCAGCGGGCGUGGGCCAAGUCGAUCGCGGGCUUCGAGCUCCUCGGCUCGGCGCGCUUCGUCAUCACCGACCGGCUCCACGGGCACAUCAUGUCGACCGUCAUCGGCGUGCCGCACGUCCUGAUGGACAGCAAGCUGGGCAAGAACCUCAACUUCCACAACACGUGGACGCGCGACUGCAAGUGCACGCGCGUCGCGACCAGCAUCGAGCAGGCGCUGGACGUGGCGAGCAUGUGGUUUGCCGAGAACGAGGACGAUGACGACACGUUUUUUCUCUAG